AUGGGCAACAGCCUUCGGUGUUGCUUGGCGUGCGUCCUGCCGUGCGGCGCCCUCGACGUGGUUCGCGUGGUGCACCUGAGUGGCCAAGUGGAGGAGUACAGCCGCCAUGUCACCGCCGGGGAGAUCCUGGCGGCCAACCCCGACCACGUCCUCAGCAAGCCAUGCAGCUCGCAGGGCGUGGUCCGCCGGAUCCUGAUCGUCUCGCCCGAGUCGGAGCUGAAGCGGGGCGACAUCUACUUCCUCAUCCCCACCUCGACGUUGCCCGACCAGAAGAAGAGCAGAGACGACAAGAGGAAGAAGCAUGCCGAGAACACACGCACGACAGAGAUCCUCGCGGAGAAGAAGCAGCCGAGCCAUCGUCGCCAUAGGAGCGGCCGGGUCGGGGUAUGGCGGCCGCACCUGGAGAGAAUCUGCGAAGACUCAUGA